CGAAAAGUCCACCGAGCGCAACAUUCAAUGCCAUGCACGACGAGGGUCUAUCCGACUUUGUGUACCACAGUCAUGUUUCACCCUACAUUUCGGAGCCAGCUCGCUCUGCGGGCAUUCAAUGUUGGCACCAAAUCUGCACUCAGAGCCUUCGGAACAAGUCCGUCGAGGCUGCAGCGACUGCCUGGUGAAAAUGAGCGGACCGUCGACUUCGGCUUCCAGACCGUCCCAGAGGCACAAAAGGCGGCCAAAGUUGGCGAGGUCUUCUCCUCUGUCGCCUCAUCCUAUGACACAAUGAACGACCUCAUGUCCCUCGGGAUCCAUCGUCUCUGGAAAGACUAUUUCGUCCGCAGUCUCAACCCCGGGAGCAGAAAUGGAGAAAACCCAUGGAACAUCCUCGACGUGGCCGGAGGAACUGGGGACAUUGCCUUCCGCAUACUCGACCACGCCACGAACGUCAACCUCGACCUCAAGUCCAAGGUCACGAUCGCCGACAUCAACCCAGACAUGCUUGCCGAAGGCCGUAAAAGAGCGCUGGAAACACCCUACGGACACUCAGGAAGAUUAUCUUUCAUGCAAGCAAACGCAGAAUCGAUGCCUCAAAUCGAAUCCAAUUCCUUGGACCUUUAUACCGUGGUGUUCGGCAUCCGGAACUUUACAAACAAAGACGCUGCACUCCGCGAGGCGUUCCGGAUCCUCAAGCCCGGCGGCGUGUUUGCUUGUAUGGAGUUCAGUCAUGUUGACAAUGCACUAUUCAACGCAGUAUAUAAGAGGUGGAGCUUUUCAGCCAUCCCAAUGAUAGGUCAACUGGUCGCCGGCGACCGCGACAGCUAUCAGUAUCUUGUGGAGAGUAUUGAAAAAUUUCCUACCCAGGAGGAGUUCAAGGCCAUGAUCAAGGAUGCGGGUUUUGAGACCCCUGGGCAGGGAUAUGAGAAUCUCACUGGCGGCAUUGCCAGCAUUCACCGAGGCGUCAAGCCGUUGCAGUCCUGAUGAAAUCCGAUGACAUCCUAAGCUUGUCUGACAUCUCUGGAUAUAUGCACCGGUGGAACCAGUCAUUUCAUGCUUCUAUUCGACCAGCAUGGAGGCCGCCGGUAAUGGCAAUGUCGGCGCCGGUAGUGUAUGCAGCGGCAUCACUCAGCAAGUAUAUGGCUGCCCCAGUCAAAUCGUUGCGAUUCCCGAUCCUCUUCAAGGGAGGCGCAGUGUGCAUCAACCGGACCAAAUGAGGAUGUUGUUCUCGCAGCGACUUGGUCAUUUCAGAUUCAAUAUAACCAGGCGAAAUGGUGUUACACCGAAUUCCUUGCGGGGCCAAUUCGACGCUGAGCGCCGUGCUCAACAUCUUGACUGCGCCUUUGGAGGCGUGGUAUCCAGAGAGGCGGUGCCCGGGGAUAGCGCAGUGCGCGCAGACAGAUGCAAUGAGGACAAGGCUUCCACCGGUGCCUUGUUUCUCCAUCUGCUUUGUGGCCAGUUGGGCUGCAAAAAAUGUACCAGUAACCUGUACAACAUCAACCGAGUGCUAUUGCAGAGAAUAGUCUAGUUUUCCGCUCACAUUGACAUCUUGGACUCUGGAAACCUCCUUCCACGUUUGCUCCACAAAUGGUUUGUCCAGUGCAAUGCCGGCCGCCGUCACGCUUGAUGUGCCGGUCAGCAAGGCAGAGAAAGACAGAGAUAGUAUCACGAGGUUCGUCCUACCAGCCGUCCAGAGAGCCAAACUCGGCAAUAGAUUGUUCAAAGCCCUGCGUCAAGGAAUGUUCAUUGGUCACGUCGGCGUGGAAAUACCUCGCUUUGACCCCGAGGUCGCCUUCCAGGGUUCCGAAAUCCUUGACCGGUGUGUCGAGGAUGUCGAGCACAGCCACGUUCCCUCCCAUUUCUGCAAUGGCUCGAGUGAUAGCAUACCCGAUGCCUCUUCCCCCUCCUGUGAUGAUGUAGUUGCGGUCUUUCAGGUCAAACAUGGGUCGGACGCUGCGCAGAUCCCCAUCGUGGAGUUGGCUUCCAGCGCGUCUGAGACUGCUGCUCGAUAUCGUGGCUGUCGGUGUCCAGCAGCGUGUCCUACGGAUGGUUCGCGGAAAGGGCAGUUUCGUCCGUAAUUUGAACAUGUUGCCGUCCUCCUCUAGCCGAGAGCGCGUUUCUGCCGUAGGAAUAUCAUGCACCUGUUCGAGAGUGCAAGAAUGCCGCGAUUGCAAAAAGGUAUGCCAGGUACAUGCCGG